GAAAAGGUGAAAGGGUCUGAAUACUUUCCAAAUGCACUGUAUUAAUGUAUUUUGAAAAGAAGGACACUUAGAGGGGUUUUCUAGGAAUUUUCUUAGUGAAGUGAAACUGCCCCAUGAUGCUCUCACUACUAGACUUGUUGCGCCCAGAUGACAGCACAAAAUAGCCCUAUUAGAUUAUGAAUAAUUUGUGGGGCUGGGGUGCAGCCCCAUAUUACAAGACAACGCGGAGACGCCUUUAUUCCUCUCUCCUCACCUCUCCUCUCUAUAUCUUGUCUCUUCUUCCCUAUCCUCACAUCUCUUCUACCUCUCAUUGAGUUGCAUAAAUAUACAGAAUACAAGAAUGAACGGAACUUAAUUCUUGAAUUUGAUUAAACACAUGCAUUGAGAGAACUACCCCAACCCUGCAUUCUAGAUUAUUAGGCUUGAUUACCUGUCUGAGUGUUCCAUGGUGCAGAGUAGAGACCUGGUGACAUGUGUAACGUUACAGGUUAUAUGAUGACAGAGUAAUAUCUCUCCAUUAGAGACUUCCUGUAGUAAUAUUUUUGUAAGUUCUGUCCCAAAUGGCACCCUAUUCCCUUGUGCACUACUUUUGACCAGAGCCCUAGAUAGUGCACUACUUUUGACCAAAGUCCUAGCCCUGGUCAAAACUAGUGCACUAUGUAGGAGUAGAGUGUCAUUAGGGACUAAGACAAUAUCUCUAACUGAUAAUGAUGAUAUAAAAGGAGAGGGGAGGGGUGAGGGGAAGGAGAUGAGGAAACACUUGCAAUGUGUAAGAAUAUAAAUGCUUGCGCAUGUAGCAUCGGUCAGACAAACAAGUAGCCUACCAACUUCAGCAUCACUCAAGAGUCACUGGACACAGCAUCGACAAAACAAUUAACUGGGACAUGACUUCUACACACUGUAAGUCGGACGUCACACUAUUCUACCGUUCUACCUGGUCAAAUAAACUGGGUUGUGUUUUGUAUUUUAUCACUAACUCCUCUCUUGCUCUCCUCCUUCAUUCAGACCUCUCACUCUUAUCGGUGCUCGUGGUGAUGGUAGUUAACGGGAGUCCAGUGCCCAGCGCGCCAGUUUGGACCUCUGGAGAGGAGCUCGCGGUAGAAUCGUUCUCCGGUGAACCGGGCGCGCCGCCGAUAUGGGAGAACGUGAUCAAGGUGAUCAAGCUGCUCGUUCAGGAAGUGAUCAACUUCCGAGACCAACAGUUUGUGGAGGAGUUUCAGAAGCCAGUGGAAGAGAUGUCAUCAUUCAUACAGUACCAGGUCCCUUCCAUCCCCACACACCUCUCCAAGACCCCCUGCUCCACCUCAAACUACAACAAGGAGGCAUGUCUGCAGAAGAUCAGUCAUGGUCUGCAGGUGUACCAUGUUCUUCUCCAGCACGUUAAGGCUGAAUACCCACAAUCCACCCUGCUCCCCUCUGUCAUGCACCAGACUACUGUCUUGAUAGGCCUGUUCAAAGACAAGAUGAAGGCUGCUGAGGUAGUAGAGGACCUGUCUGCCAGUGAGAGGGAGCGUGUGCUGGGUGAGGUGUCUACAGGGAUAGAGUGGGAGAGGAAGACCAGCGUUCACGCCAUCCUUAGGGAACUACGUCACUUCCUGGUCGACACCAAGACAGCCCUCCGCACAUGGAGAAGAGGGGCGAAGGCUGCCAGUAACCAUGACAUCACUAUGGUGGGCAGAGGUGUGUUAGAUCAGGCUUGGAGUAAAAACCUGCACUGAUGUCUUAUUCUCUGAAUCAGCUGUUUAUUUUUAUUUAUUGAAUGUAAUACUUGACUGAACUUCAAAACACAGUUAUUUAUAUAUUUAUUCAUGUAUUUAUGGUUGAGAUGAAAAAUGUAUUGAAUUUAUUUAAUCUGAUUAAUUUAUUUGAUCUCGAGCAGCUUUGUGUCUCUUGUACCCAACUUUCGAGAAACUUGUUAUAAAAAUACAUAUUUAUAUAUUUUUUUAUAGCAAAUGUUAUUUAUUUUCACACAAAUGGACUCAAAGUAUUUUUCUAAUUAUGACAUGUUGAUGGAUUUCAAGCAGACUUAAAUUUAUCUCGAAGUGCCCUUUACAGUACAUUAGUGACUACAUUGAUUGUGACUACUACGAGUUUGAUCGUUGUAGCCUUCAAUUGUCCAAUUAACAACCAACCAUAUUAGCAAACUUAUUUAAUUUCGAACUUGACAUUUCUCUAGUAUAGGCUACUUAUCGUAAUGAACGAUAUCAGCAAAAUGCAUGCGAAAAGUGAUCAGUAUGGUCGGUGUCGAUAAUUGUCAGUUCAUCGUCCCAGCUCUAACUGUGACAAAUGUUUUGGAUAUAAAAAGGAAUAAUAAAUGGUAUCUGAGAGGAGAAAUGUGUUGCUCAUAUGUUGUUCACCAAACAUUGUUUCAACAAGAUGGUUAUUUUCACGUCAUCACAAAAAAAUAUUUUAAAAAAUCCACUUGUCGGUAGGUGUCAUUCUGUCAGCAAGACGCAUACAUUAAUUCAGGCGACAAGAAUGUGUUGACUCAAUGACAAUCGCCAAAUGUCAUUACACUUUUUGGUAUUUUUUUAACAGAUGCUUUUUUCCAUUAAUCAAACGGCACGAGUGCAUGGAAUUAUUUGAGUGGACGAACAUGCGAAG